ACGGGAGUGUACUGAUUGGAAAAUAUCGUGCAUUUUGAAUGUCCAAAUCUCAUCCAGGCCGGCCCGGCCUCCUCCCUCUCCCCCCAACAGGCCACAGCUGGCUGUUGGGGGGCUGGAUCCAUGGCGUCCCUCUCCCCAUCCCUCCUCCCCCCCUCCGCAGCACCGCCUCGGCCGGACGGCUCCGCCCUGCCCAACACCACCUGCUGGAACUGGACCCAGCCGGGCUUGGAGGACAGUGAGACGUCCCCCGACCCACCCGGGUUCCUGCCCACCGUGGCGGCCAUCAUCAUCCCCGUCAUCUAUGCGGCGGUGUGCGCCGUGGGCCUGGUGGGCAACACGCUGGUCAUCUACGUGGUGCUGCGCUACACGCGCUCCGAGUCGGUCACCAACAUCUACAUCCUCAACCUGGCCAUCGCCGACGAGCUCUUCAUGCUGGGGCUGCCCUUCCUGGCGGCCCAGAACGCCCUGCUCUCCUGGCCCUUUGGCAAGCUGGUGUGCCGCGUGGUGAUGACGGUGGACGCCAUCAACCAGUUUACCAGCAUCUUCUGCCUGACGGUGAUGUCCAUCGACCGCUACCUGGCUGUGGUGCACCCCAUCCGCUCGGCGGGCUGGCGCAGGCCACGGGUGGCCCGCACGGUGAACGGCACGGUGUGGGCCAUGUCCUUCGUGGUGGUGCUGCCCGUGGUGGCCUUCGCAGACGUGCUGGAGGACGACGGCAACUGCAGCAUCGUAUGGCCGGAGCCAGCCGAGGUGUGGAAGGCCUCGUUCAUCGUCUACACGUCCACCGUGGGGUUCCUCUGCCCCCUGCUGGUCAUAUGCCUGUGCUACCUGCUCAUCGUCAUCAAGGUGCGGAGCUCCGGUAAGCGGGUACGCAUCACUUCCUCCCGUCGCAGGAAGUCGGAGCGUAAGAUCACACGCAUGGUGGUGGUGGUGGUGGCAGUGUUCGUGCUGUGCUGGCUGCCCUUCUACAUCCUCAACAUCGUCAACCUGCUGGUGGUCUUGCCGGGGGAUUUCCGGGGUCUCUACUUCUUCGUGGUGGUGCUGUCCUACGCCAACAGCUGCGCCAACCCGAUCCUGUACGGCUUCCUGUCCGACAACUUCAAGCGGGGCUUCCGCAAGGCGCUGUGCCGUAGCUCACGUCGGGUGGAGAACCAGGGGGAGAGGGUGGCGGCGGGGGACGUGGAGCUACGGCGCCCCACGGGGGAGUGGGGUGGCAUUGCGCUGCCCCAGCCAAAUGGAAACCAAGUGGGGACCGAGGUGGUACAGACGCUUAGACAAAGGGAAGGGCUGGCGCUGGGGCCCACGGGGGCAGGGUGCACUCUGGGUAAUAGAGGUCAGAUCAACAGCUCAACUCUGCAGGACACCGUGAACCAGAGUGCAAUGCUGGAGGUCAGCUAUCUGUGA